AUGGAAGAGUGUAGCAAGGAUGUAUUCUGUGCGAGCUCUUGCUAUAGAUCAAGAAGAUCGAUCGAGAUUGGGCGGUGGUGUGUUCAAGGACAAGCAAAACCUCAGCGAAGAGCAAAGAUGUGGGUAACCACGUUAGAUGAUGAUAGCAACUGCGGAUCAAGUCAGGAUAAGUCAAGGUAUGCGAUUACUCGAAAUAUUAUCAAUUCUUUUUUCUUUCCUUUUCCGUUUCUCUUGCGAUCGUUUGCUGUACCUUCUGUCAUCCUUUGUUUUCGCAUGUACAUGAUCAUGCGAACCAUCGGAUGCUCUGGAAGAGACGCCAGACGUGUGCUGUACAAGGAUUAUUCAUUAUACACCCAUUAG